AUGCUCAAGACCAAGCACACAUCUCUCUCGUUCGUCCUCGUCGUUGCGCUGGCCUUGCUGCUGUUCUUUGGCGAGGCAGCUGCUCAAAACAACGGAAACCGAAACUCUGGCGGCCGUGGCUCACGAACCCGGAAUGGAGUCGGCGGUGGCGGCAGAAGCAGCACCGGCGGGAAGGGGAACCGAAACGGCGGCGGCGGCAGUGGUGGUAAAACUGGUGGUGGUGGUGGUGGUGGCAGCAGAACGGGAGGCAGUGGUGGUGGUAAAACAGGCGGCGGUGGAGGGAGGACAGGCGGUGGCAGGACAGGCGGUGGUAGGACUGGUGGUGGUGGAAAGUCUCGGGCGACGCAAUCGGCUGGCGGUAUUUCCACCGCCCAGGAUGGCUCAACCAUACUGGACCAAACAGUGCAGAUCAACGGUCUUCCCAUUCGAUACAAGGUCAGCGCUCCCGCCAACCAGUUCACGACAACGUCGGGCGUCCAGGGCGGCACGGCCGCCGCCAACGAUGGCGGCUCCAUCGGCAUGAACGUCUUGCUCCACGGGGACGGGGGCCAGUCCUUUUUCGACUUCCCCAACCAAGGUGUUAGGGCGAACCUGAUGGGCGUCGCCGUCCUCUCGCCCGACAAGAACGGCAAAUGGGGUGGUGCCGAUCGAAAUGGCCAGGAGCGGCCGGACGGCGUUGCUCAUUCCCAGGCCGUCGCCGACCUCGUCACCCAGGAGCUCCCCAAGGUUGUCGCCUUCAACCGAUCCCAAGUCUUCUUCACCGGCGUCAGCGGCGGCGCCCUCACCCUCUCCGGGUUCUUCAUGCCCGGCCACAUGGACAAGUUCCCCAACACGGGUGUCCUGCUCAACUGCGGUGCCAUGGCCCCUCAGGUGAGCUUCAACGCCGAUGCGGCGGCGGCCAUGGCGAACACUCGCAUCCAUUUCCAGUCGACGAAGAAGGAGCUCGACUCCCUGCAGGAAUCCAUUCCCCAGUCCAUCGCGGCCUACGAACAGGCCGCGGCCAACGCCGGCUUGGGCAGGCAGCAGACCAAUACCCUUCAGACGGUCGACAACUCCCCCAACGGCGGCCAUUGUGAAUUUGACGAGAGGGGAUUCGUCAGCGGCGUCCAGCUCAUGGCGGACAACUUUGAGAACAUCAUGCUUCCCGGCGCCAGUGGCCAGGUUACGGGCGUUGGAAAUGUGAACCGUGGCGUGCCAGAUAUUGCUUCAACGAUCCCUGUUGGCAAACUCUGGCUUGAACUGCUCCUCUUCAACGAAGUGGUAGGAACGUCUCGUUGCCUUGAUGCAGAUGAGCAUCGCGGAUACCCUACAGCAGGGCGAGAAUGGCCGGAUGUAGCCAACCACGAGUGUGACCGUCUCGUUGUCUUGAUGCUGAUGAGCAUCGCGGACACCCCGCAGCAAGUUGCAGAUACCCUACAGACAGAUGCGAGCGGCUUGAUGCUGCUUCCUGGACUCUGGUCUACAGCUAUUGCCUGA